CCAACCAUCACCCCUAGAAAGCCCCACCCAUCGUUUUCUCAGUCCUCAUUUCAGACACAAAUCCGAUAUACACUUCCAAAAACGUAUCAAACUCAAGAAGGAAAUGGAACAGAACACCAGCAGAGCCGAAGCUGAACGAUUGCUUGGAAUCGCCGAGAAGCUCUUACUCAACAAAGAUUUCAACGGCUCAAAAGAAUUCGCAAUCUUAUCCCAAGAAACCGAACCUUUAUUGGAUGGCCCAGAUCAGAUCUUGGCCGUCGCCGAAGUCCUCGUCGCCGCCGAUAAGCGGAUCAACAACCAACCCGACUGGUACGGUGUACUCCAAAUCGAGCGACGGUCGGAUGACCUCGAAAUCAUCAAGAAACAGUAUCGGAGACUUGCUUUUCUUCUACACCCCGAUAAGAAUAGGUAUGCUUUCGCGGAUACAGCGUUUAAGCUUGUUGCUGAUGCGUGGGCUGUGUUGUCGGAUUCAAAGAAGAAGUUUGUGUACGAUAGUGAGAUGAAUCGGUACUCCAAGGUUGAUCUGGUGGCGGUGACGAAGCAGAGAGAAACCCAACAGCGAAAACAACAGAAUCAACCCGACCCACAUCAGAAAUUACCCGUCCGGCGAGGCUCUCAGGGAAGUUCCGGUGGUAGAGAGGAAGGUGACGAUAGGGGUACGAGGAUGUCGAGUUUUUGGACAACUUGUCCGUACUGUUACAAUUUGUACGAGUAUCCUAAGGUUUAUGAUGGGUGUUGUUUAAGGUGUCAGAAUUGUAAGAGGGCGUUCUCUGCCGUGGAAAUUCCGUCGAUGCCGCCGUUGGUGCCGGGGAAGGAAGCGUAUAGUUGUUGCUGGGGGUUUUUUCCGAUGGGGUUUACGGUGUCGACUUCGGAUGCUGGGAAAAGUGAGGGGUUUCCCAAUUGGAUGCCUCCAAUGUUUUCAGCUGCUGCCCCGGCAGCCCCGGUGCCGACGCCGGCCCCGGCCCCGGCUAGGGUAGCGGUGAAUGGUAGGAAUGCCACUCCGGCUAAGCCAGUGGGUCCUAAGCCCGGGGGUAAGAAGAGGGGUAGGCCGAGGAAGAAUUUAAUAUGAAGGUGUAAUUAGGGGUUCCUAGGGCUCAGGGCAUAUAUAUAUGACCAAAUGGGUUCAAACGGAGAGCUGGGACCUGUUGAAAGUGAGUUUUUUUUUUUUUACUACACAAAAAAAUGAAGGUUGGAGUUUUGGAAUUAGCAAGUUUAUAGUUAAGGUUGAGGGUGGACCUUACUGCUACCACUGUGACCUGGGCGUCAAAGAUUCGAGUUACCAGCAAAGUCCCUCUACAUAUAAGGUAAGGCCUCGUAGUUCAUACAUCUAAGCCUCUUUAAAUUUCGCAAUUGUGGGAGGUUAGUGCUCUAAAAUGUAAUUUAAGUUUAUAGUUAAGGUUAUUGUUGUUUUUUUAUAUGCUUGUUUGUAUUCUGUAGAAUUUUGAUGUUUGUACAAUGUAGAUUUCGUCCAGUAAUUGAAUUGAUUGUCUCUCAUUUGUUAGCUGUAAUUUGCAGUGAUAUAAUUGUGGCAAGUUUUAGACAAUUCAACCAAAGUUAUAUGCUCUGUUCAUGAUCUUUGGGUGAGGAACAGAUUUGAUUGGUUUUAGUGGAUUUGGAUUCUUCCCGUACACAUCUGCUCUUAAUUUUCUCUCGAUGACAAAUCAUCUGUCGAGUUUAGGAGAGGCUUACAUUAUAAAACAUGGUUCUCCAUUGUUACAUGGUGGGUGAUCUUGAAAACUUGUGGAAGGAAGAAAAAAGGAGAAGUGUAUUGAAGGGUACCGAACUCUAAUAAAUAUAUGAGAUUGAUUG